UCCUGGACCUGGAGAGCCGAGGGCUGCUUUUCAGUCUCCUACCUCGAGGCCUGCGAUCCCGCGGGUGCCGUCCAUCAUGCCGGCGUCCGUGUGGGCAUGUGCGGGCGAGAUUUGUGGCCUGGAGAUGUGUGUGUGUGUGUGUGUGUGUGUGUGUGUGUGCGCGCGCGCGCGGGGAUUGGGGGUAGAGGCUCCAGCGGGGUGGGUCGGGCAGAGACCGGCCUGGCUUGUCUAGGCGCUCUAGUCACAAGCCCACCUGCCAACCAGGAUCCGGGAAGGGCCCCUUCUAUGGUAAGCGAUUCAGAUGUACAAGCCCCACUCGUGGCAAGGGCCAUCGCAGUCUCUGUCCCAGACCCACUUGCAGACUGGGCGGGGAAGUGAGUUUGGAGACAAGGCCGGAUGUGGUGGUGGAUGUCGGGGAGUUAGAGGGCCUUCCCCCAGGUUUCUUCUCCAUGCCUUCCCGGCAGGAUCCCUCCGCAGCCUAGACUCGGCUUCUCUUACCCAGGCCUCAGGAAGCAGGUCCCAGCAGGAUCCGCCUGUAGGUCCACAUGGGUCCUGGGACUGAGUAAUCCUAGCCUGUAGGUUUCUGGCCUCAAGGCCGUCUCAGUUCUCAGAUGAGAAAGGACCAGGAGGCCCCUUAGCCCAUAUAUUCUCUGCCCGUGCUGAACCCACCAAGGAGCCCUCCUGUGAGGGCUAGAUACCGACCCUGGAGGCAGGAGCCGGGGGGCCACGGGCACUCCAGGUAGCGCUGCCUUAGGGUGUUGGGUUCCCAGGCUCAUUCUGAGAAGUCUGGGGGGGGUGGGGACUGUCACUAAGCAAGCCUCUGGCCUAGCUCUGGCUGCAGUGGGGAUGGGAGUCUCUGGUCCUCUCGUGCUGUCCCUGGACUCAGACCAAGGGUUUGCCAAGGUCUUUGAGAUACAGGGUGGUUUCCAGCCUGCUCCCCGCCAUCCUGAGCUGCACCCUGGCUUCUCCAGCUUUGGCCAGGGGGGCCAGCUCUGUCAACCCCACCCCCAUCUGACCCAGGAAGAAACUGGUCCUGGUUGGUGAGUGGGGAGGAGGGCGGGUAACCAGCCCCGAGGUGAAUCAGGAUGGAGUGAGCCAGGGAGGGGGACAAGACUCUACCAAGGGACUCCUGACAUCAGGCCUGAGGAAUUUCUCGCGUCUCGCUACACUUAGCCCCUUUGGGAGUGUCCCAGCUCCUUUGCCUCAGGGUUGGAAUGACACUCCAACAUCUUCUCGAAGAGAUGCAGUCCACGGGAGCGCUGCUGGCCAGCAGAGCCAUGCUUCACAACUCCAGCCACAGGGAAGAUAAGACGUGGAGGGUGCAGGACAGGGACAGGGAAGAGGUAUGGGGAGGGGGAGCCCUGGCCCCCAAUACCUCCUCCCCAUUCCCCCCUGAGCCUCCAGGGGCCUCAGGCAGCAUUAUCCCUGUCUACUGUGCCCUCCUGGCCACCGUGGUCCUCGGUCUGCUCGCCUACGUGGCCUUCAAGUGCUGGCGCUCACAUAAACAAAGACAGCAGUUGGCCAAAGCUCGGACCGCAGAGCUGGGGACCUCCGACAGGGACCAGAGGCACGGAGACAGCAUUGUCUUCCUGGACAGUCCUAGCAGUCGGGAGCCCUGCGCCCCCGGCCAGGGGCCACAUCCUGAACUUGGCUGCCGGCUCUACCUUCACCUCCCUCAGCAGCAGCAAGAGGAAGUGGAGCGGCUCCUGGAAGCAUCAGGAGAACCUGACAAGGGCUGGCAGGGCCUGGCGGGCCGCCUGGGCUACCAGACUGAUGCUGUGGAGGUCAUGGCCCGGGGCCAGGUGCCAGCCCACACCCUGCUGAGGGACUGGGCUGGCAAAGAAGGCAGUGGUGCCACCCUCGGGGUGCUAGAGGAUGCCCUGGCCUCCAUGGGCCGCGAAGACGUGGUCCGGGUCCUGCACCCCCCGGCUGAGGGCUGUUCUGUGGUGUGAGCGGUGCCGCCACAGCCCGGCCUCUCAGGGAACCUGCUCUGGUGCUUUUCCUUUCUUGGGCUUCCUGGCACUGGUGGCCUCAGCCUGCCUUGCUCUGGGGGGACCCAGAAGAUCCAGCCGCCACUCAGCUCCCCUUGCCCUGUUUUCCUCCAAGAUGGGGACCAGGCUGUGGGGGGAGUUAGCAGUGAGGAGUGGUCCUGCCCUCCUCCCCGCCCCCCCCUCAUUUAGCCUCAACUGGUUUUUCUAUUUUUGUAUCUCCUAUUAAAGGCAACUUUGGACUUC